AUGCAAAUUUUUGUUAAAACAUUGACUGGUAAGACGAUUACGCUUGAGGUGGAAUCCUCAGAUACUAUUGAAAAUGUGAAAGCGAAGAUUCAGGACAAGGAAGGCAUACCUCCAGAUCAGCAGCGCCUGAUUUUUGCGGGCAAGCAGUUGGAAGAUGGACGCACUCUGUCAGACUACAAUAUCCAAAAAGAGUCUACACUUCAUUUGGUUCUUCGUCUUCGUGGUGGUAUCAUUGAGCCAUCCCUUCGACAGCUUGCUCAGAAAUACAACUGUGAGAAGCAAAUUUGCCGCAAGUGCUACGCUCGUCUCCCACCGCGUGCAACGAACUGUCGUAAAAAAAAGUGUGGACAUUCAAAUGAUUUGCGUAUCAAGAAGAAGCUGAAGUAA